UUAUAUUUUUUUCAACAUUGUUCCUAGAAGGACAUCGGAAAAAAAUACUCCUGGAUUCAUCUGGAAGCUAAGCUUUGCGCAUUGCGUAAUUGGCAGGGAAAUGCGCUUAUCCUUUAGAUCUGUUACACAUAAUGUUGGGACUAAUCUCUGCUGGAAGGUGUUUAUCGCACCGUGUAUGUUGUAAACACAGCAGAAACCAGGAUGAGAGUGUUUAGUAUGCUUGGAAAAGCUCGGCAUCAGAUGCUGGUGGCACUCUGUUGGCUGUUUUUGGUUCUGACGAGGAGCGCAGCAGUUUCCAGAUGUGUGGACCAUGCCUGCAGUCCGCCCAUUGGGAACCUGGCUAGUGGCAGGACCCUCCUCACCCACUCCAGCUGCUGUGUGAACAGCUCCUUGCACCGCAGCCCUUGCCCCUAUCCUCUUGUGACCCCCCUCCUCAUCUGCCCCGAGGACACCCACCCAUCUGCGCACAUGGCUGAUGACGCAUUCUUGCAUCCAGAUACGUGGUGGGCAUCAGGUGCAAGCACCACCGUGCAGGAGCAGCAGGAUGAGAUCCGGUUGGACUUGGAAACACACUUCUGUCUUUCCCAUGUGGUUUUGGUGUUCAGGUCACCGCGGCCUGCCGCCAUGGCCAUCGAUCGCUCAGCUGACUUUGGAAAGACCUGGGAAACUCUUAAACUCUUUGCGCACAAUUGCAGCACAGAGUUUGGUUUGCCUGAUGAUUUUACUCAACCAGGCUCUUUGUGCACAUCCCGCUAUGCCAGUGCUACACCCUGCAGUGGGGGGGAGGUAAUAUUACGGACACUUGACCCCAGCAGUGCUAGAACACUGGACCCUUACAGUCCAGAGGCCCUCGCCCGCCUCACCCUCACUAACCUCCGCAUCAGACUGCUGAAAGCUCAGACCUGCCCAGCACCUCUAAAUCCCCCUGCGGCAUGGGCCAGCCACACACCCUCAGCUCUGACUUCCACAUCCACCACAGAAGGCCCAGCCUCAGCACCUUAUGCUAUUUAUACUUUACUGGCCAGAGGGACCUGUCUGUGCCACGGACAUGCUGAGUAUUGUGUACCGUACAACAGCAGCCAAGACACAAGGCAGGACAGUGACAUGGUGUCUGGAAGGUGCUUGUGUACUCACCACACAGCCGGGGAUCACUGUGAGAAGUGCGCCCCGCUCUACAAUGAUCGUCCCUGGAGGCCUGCCAACAGCAGCAGCGGGGAGUCCAACCCGUGCCAGAAGUGCCAGUGCCACGCUCACGCAGAUAGCUGCCACUUCUCUCAGCGAGCAUGGCUUUCCUCCGGGGGCACCAGUGGGGGCGUUUGUGAUGACUGCAGGCACAACACUGUCGGUCGCAGGUGCCAGCGCUGUCGCCACGGCUACCAUCGCCACACAUCCGUGCCCCUCAACUCCCCCCACGCCUGCACACGCUGCUGGUGUGAUCCUCAGGGCUCUUUGCCUACUCGUCCGGGAGAGGAGGGACCCUGGUGCCACCCGAGGAGCGGGCAGUGCCGCUGCAAAUCUGGUGUGGGGGCCCCAAGCUGCAGCCACUGCCAGCCUGGUUAUUGGGGUUUUGGAGCGGAGGGAUGUAAACUCUGCACCUGCCCUCACAGCUGUGACCCAACCACUGGGCAGUGUCUGGACAGCUACUCAAAUAAUCUGGUGUACAAUGUGCCCAUUGGUGGAAAGAUCCCUGAUCUGGAUCACAUGUUCACAAUAGAAGAAGCACAGUGGUCGAAGGAGCUUGCAGUCUCUGCUCUUCAUUACACAGGAAAGUGUAGCUGUAAGGAGAAAAAGCUGAGAAAUGCAUCUGACCUCUGUAAGACCAAACAUGAUUAUGUGAUCAAGGCCAGUGUGCUGUCUGCUCAUGACAAGGGCAGCCACGCAGAAGUGCAGGUCAAAGUUCGCAAGGUCCUUCGAUCAGGCAAAGUGGCGCUGUACUUGGGGACCAUCAGCAUCUAUCCUCUGUCCUGGACCAGCCGCGGCUGCACCUGUCCCAUUCUAAACCCAGGAAUGGAGUACCUAUUGGCAGGCCCAGAGGAGGCUGGGACAGGCCGUCUGCUGGUCACCAUGCAGAGUGUGGUGGUGCCAUGGACACCCCGACUCGGUCUACUUAUAUCAGAGGGUCUGAGGAACGGAUGUACAUGA